CUUUGUCCUGUGAACUUCGUCGCGCUGAGAGUGCUGCGAAGUCCCGUUACUUCGCUAUUGGUGUGAGUGCUACGUGUUUUGCGCGCGUGUGUGUGCGUCCGCGUGAGGGCGCCAAGUUUUUCGGUGAGACUUUAACCACCAGUAAACAACAGCAGAGCAGAAGCAUUCGCAAAAAGAAAAAAACAGAUAAAAAGGGAAAGGACAAUACAGCCUGCGGUCAGAGGAACCGCAAUCAAAAAUUGUAAACAAACUGUGGAAGCCGAGGAAAGUCAACAAGGGAAGACGACGCCGCCAAGUAGGCAACGAUUUCGCUGCUGGCCAAGAUGGAAAUGGACGUUAAUCGCCCGACCGGCCGCCAUGGCAACCUAAUGACCAUAUCCGCCCGCUGCUCCAAUAACAAUGCGGAAGGCGGGGCAGCCAGCACGGCGGCAGGGGAGGAGGCGCCUCCCAGCGGCUGCUGCGGCAUCCUGGGCCGCCUCCUCUGUGUGAGCCGCCACAAGGCGACGCAAUCGGUGGCGGGCAGCGACCCCAUCUCGCAGCUCCAGCUGCAGCGCAAGGGAGCCGUCUCAACGACAGGACGCCGGAGGACGCCGCAGGAAGUCUACUUCGAGAGCCGCGGCAAGUCCUGCAAGAAGCUAUUGAAAUUCAAUGGUAAUUCGAACAAGAUAUUGCUGUAUCCCGAGGAGGGCUGGGCGCGCACGGCCUCGUCCAGCUACUGGACCAUCACGCCCUGCUUCUGGCAGCCCAAUCGCUGCCGCAUCGUCGAGUGCUCCGGAACCCAGCGGCGGGCGACGAAGGCGCGGAUGCUGCCGCUGGAGCAGCAGGGCUCCCUCCUGAUUGCCGGACACUUUCGCCGGACAGCGGGCACGGGCGCAGGAGGCGCCUCCUCGCGCGGGGGCGGGGCACCGGGUUUCCGUUCGGUGGCUGCCACGCCCACUCCGGCGACGCCUGCCAACCACAAUGGCGCAUCUGCAGUCCGGACGGGCUCAAUGGGGUGCGACAAGUCGCCGCCGGCGUGGAACGACGAGUUCAAGCUGUAUCUGACGUCGAACAUUUCGAUGGAGGACUACAACAUGGGCUACUGCCUCACGGGAUUCGUGGAGCGCCGCUGCCAGGUGACCAACACCUUCCAGAUGACCCACUUCGCGGUCAUCAAGCGCCAGUGGCCACCGUCGCCGUCCAACCUGGGCAACUCCUAAGGCCCCAGAACCCCAAUUUUGUAUUGUGAUCCGAUCUUUUGUUCCGAGUUGGAAACGAAAUGAAAUUAUGCACAGGUCUCUUGCUGUUUACACUAUCAGAAACUGUGGGGAAUUGGUACCAGUGGUAUUUCCUUUUGGAUAAAAUUCAGGUUUGCCGUAUGCUACAAUAAAUAAAUUCUAAAUUCAAAAAGUUUCCCAUUCGAUUUCUUGCGCUUUUGAAAGUGAAAACGGAAAGAGACCCAGUAGAUACCAAUUAAGUUGCUAGCAUUUAAGUAGAGCCAAAUGUUUGUUGUGCAAUCUCGAAUUAAAAUCAAAAAUAAAUUUUGAAAAAUCUAUAGGAAAUGUAACAUAAUUUGCGAGGGCCUCAGAAUCCGAUAGCCACUAGAUCGUAAGUCUUCGAAAAACUAAUGACUCAAAGGAUCUUUAAGGAAGUACUGCAUUUGCCCUUACUUACGAAAAUUCUCUGCAUGUUUAGGGCGUAAAUUGUAAUGUUAACUAAAUGUGCAACAAGAACCGAGAAAAACGCAAGUUAGGAAACCAAAACAAAAACUUUACGUGUGCUUUCAGUGUUGUGUAAUAUGAAAAACGGAAACAAACCGGAAAAAAUAAGCGAAAAAACGAAAUACUAGUAACUGUUAAAUGCUAAAUGAAACUAAACCGCUUUGCCAACUCUCACAAACACACACGCCAAUACACACAGGCACCCACUCACACACUCACACACUUGCACACUUAAGCUUGGGCAGCUACUUAAUGCUUCAAAAAAGUGCAACAAAUUGAAACUUGUGCUUGUCGAAGCAUGUGAUUGUGAGUGCUCCACUAUAAGCUGCUAUAGUAUAUUUACGAGAGUGUGUGCGUGCGAGCGAGACGCUGUGUGUGUGAGCCGGCACUCCUUUCUGCAACAUACAACUAUGUACUUUAACGGCCAUGUUUGCGAAACCUAUUGCCUUUAAGCUUUAAAAUAUAAGCACAACUCAACGUCAGGCGAACAAGUCAACAGCUUAAGGCGAUGGCCAGAGGCACUAAGCAGCAGUUUGAUAACAAGUGCACAUUUAAAUUAAUUAUUUAAUGACCUGUUUUGGGGGAGACAAACAUGUUUUUGAGUAAAACGGGGUGCUUUAGACCAAUUUCAACCCAAAUUGGCUUAUCUUUAGCGGGAGACACACUGCAUCUCAAGCUUAGGUCUCUAUUCCUUGAAUAUCUGUGUUUAAAAGUUUAAGAACUGCUGAAUAGUGUCCUUAGCUAUUUAGACUAGUCCAAGAAGUUUGCCAACUCUACGCUAAUCUAAGAAACUAUGUCCUAAAAUCUCUCUAUCUCUCUCUCUCACCAACUCACCUACUCAUGCUACGGCUCUGUCCCACUCAUUCACUCACUUUGAGCAUGAUACGCAACGUAUAUCAACAAUUCGUCCAAUAAUUGGAGACUUUAGGCGCCACAAAUUGCCAAGUGUCAAAUUGGCAAGGCCGGAGCUCCAAUUGCCAAAAACCCUAAGUGUUAAAAAACAAUGAAACCAAAACGUAAAGAAAACCAAAGCUAAGUCAGAACUCAACGUAGCCUAAGUUAAGAUAGUUUAAAAAUCAAUAUUUACAAGCUAGAAUAUGAAUCUAUAUAUCUAUAUAUUUGUGUGUAGGCUGAACCUUUUUGCGUAUAUAUCGGUGUAUUUAUAUAUCUAUAUUGCGAUUACGUAUACAAUAACAUUUUUGCUGUAGUUCGCAUAGCUCGCUUUUAGGCGCUUUUACACGCAAGCGAAUAAGGCCGGAAACCUCUUGAAUCUCUCAUUUGCUUCAGACAGAUCUCCCCUGCCAGUUUACUCCUAAACUAAUUGAUAUUUAAGUAUCAGGUACCUGCCAGAAUCAACAACAACAACCAAAUAAACAAAAGUAACAUGAAUAUACAUACACAAAUAUUUAUUAAGCAAUUAUGUCUGUGCAAAUAUUGGUGUCCAUUUUAAUUAGACGAAAAUAAAAACUCGGAAAAAGCGAAUUAUUUUUUAGAAAACACUCUCAAACGAAAGAAUUCUACCCACACACACGCAAAUCGAUGUCGUCUCCCCGAAUUGUAUAAAUGUUUAUUAGUGUGAGAUUCUUGCUCUCUGUGUGUAGCAAACAUUUCUGCGCCUAUGCUUAAAAAAACAAACAAAAGACACGAGUCCCCAGCUUCAAGCUGCAUGUCCAACACCUAAAAACAAAUCUAACAAAAACACGCAUGAGCUUUUUUGUAGAUCUAUUUAAACAUUUUUAAAUAGCCAACACAAGUCAACGUAUAAACCCCGUGCUGCGUGAGCAUUGGGAAAUAAUUAAUGUUAAGCUUCUAUGGAUUUAAGCGAUGUAAGCGAGCAUAAUUAGUCUAAAACAGAGAUAAGCUAAACUGGUAGAAAAAGCGGAAAACAAAACAAACAGCAAAUCAGAUGGAAAUGCGAAUGAAAAUAUUAAUCGAAAUCAAACACGUUGAUGUUAAUGCGAAUGCAUAAAUCAAAAGCAAAAAAUGCGAAUUCAGCCGGUAAUGAAAAUAAAUACCCCAAAGGUCGGCAGUAUGCAAUUGAAAAUGAGAAAUCAAAACAUUGAAAAUAAAGAAAGAA